CAAUCCGGUGCACCGUUUCGAUGGAUCUUUAUUAGUAACACUGAAAUCGAAAACCUCAUUCCACCAGAAAACACAAUAAUGAGAAUGAACAUUUUACCGAAUACCGAAGCUUUAUUUAUUCAAAGAACAGAUAAUAGAUGCUACGAAAUCAGUAUGGUUUACAAAAUCGGAACCGAGACUGCAUGGAAAACAGAAAAGUACGCUUAUUGGAAUAUGAGUGGAGGUUUUCAGAAAAAUACCAACAUUAAUGAAGUUAUAGCUGUAAGGAGACGUGAUUUGGAAGGAUACGAGAUAAAAAUUUGUUACGUUUUGACGGACAACGAUAGUAUUCAUCAUUUGAGUGAUGAAGUGAAUGAUCAUAUUGAUACGAUAACUAAGGUCAAUUUCCCAAGCACCAACCAUCUGUUAGACUUUCUGAAUGCUGAACGAAAAUAUGUUUUUGUUAAUACGUGGGGCUAUCGAAUUAACGGCACUUGGAAUGGACUAACUGGAUUUUUGGUAAACGGCGAUGUUGAAAUUGGAGGGUCACCGAUGUUUUUCACUGCAGAACGUACAGCGGUCGUAGAUUUCAUUUCGAGCCCUACACCAACUCGCUCGAAAUUUGUAUUUCAACAACCAAAGUUGUCGUAUGAAAAUAAUUUAUUUUUACUUUCAUUUCGUACAGCCGUCUGGUAUAGCACUCUAGCGUUAAUCUCCUUAAUAUUCACAAUGUUGCUGGCCGUUACAGCUUGGGAAUGGAAGAAGAUGUCCCAAAUCAAAACGAGAGACAUCGAUGCUGGCGUACUUAGGCCGAGCGUUACAGAUGUUACCAUGCUAGUUUUUGGUGCUACUUGCCAACAAGGAAGUACCGUUGAAUUAAAAGGUUCGCUCGGUCGUGUCGUAAUGUUAAUUCUUUUCCUGACCCUUAUGUUCCUGUACACUUCAUAUUCAGCAAAUAUCGUUGCUUUACUUCAGUCCAGUUCAUCCCAAAUUAAAACACUGGAAGACCUUUUGCAUUCCCGAUUGAAAUUCGGUGUACACGACACAGUUUUCAAUAGAUAUUACUUUUCAACUGCAGAUGAACCUGUUAGGAAAGCAAUAUAUGAAAAGAAAAUUGCACCCCCAGGUGUUGCACCUCAGUUUAUGUCUAUGGAAGAAGGUGUUAAGAAGAUGCGUAAGGGUCUGUUCGCAUUCCAUAUGGAAACAGGAGUUGGAUAUAAAUUCGUUGGAAAAUAUUUCAAAGAAAGCGAAAAAUGUGGCUUAAAGGAAAUACAAUACUUACAAGUCAUAGAUCCGUGGUUAGCUGUCCGCAAGAACACACCGUACAAGGAAAUGUUCAAAAUUGGAAUUUCGACCCAGUCUGAGUGGAUCACAGAAGAUUACGGCAACUGGACAGCCGAGCAUGGAUUAAUCAUGUCAAAUAUUAUAAGUUCUGAUGCUUCAAGACGAAGAAACAUUAGAGGUCAUCCUGUUACAACUUCUAUCAUAGUAACUGAGAAUAGAACGAAAUCGGAACUUGAUGAUUUAAAGAAUUUAUUGUCUGACAGUCUUGCAAAAAUUUGUUUUCGUCACACCAAAAAUCUUUGUCAAUUUAUGAACGCGUCGCAUAAAAUAGGUUUUGCUUCUAUGUGGGGUUAUAAAACAAACGGAACUUGGAAUGGCAUGAUGGGUGAUCUAGCUAAAGGAACAGUCGAUUUUGGAGGCACAAUAGCAUUCCUCACUAGUCAGCGAUUGCAAGUCGUGGAUUAUUUAUCGUCCCCUGUACCAAUAAACGCGAAAUUCGUCUUCAGGGAACCUCCGCUAUCUUACCAGAACAAUUUGUUUCUCUUGCCUUACAAAGCAAAUGUGUGGUACUGCACGGCUGCAUUUGUUGUUUUACUAGUAAUAAUUCUCUAUAUUAACGCCAAAUGGGAAAUUAAAAAGGCCGAGUAUGAGCAAGCUGGAAUCAAUAAAACAGCUUUACAACCCAGCGUGAGUGAUGUAACAAUCUUAGUGAUCAGCGCUAUUUCUCAACAAGGUAGCUCUAAUGAAUUGAAAGGUACACUAGGACGGGCUGUUCUUUUCUUACUAUUUCUUACUUUCUUAUUCCUUUAUAUAUCGUACUCAGCAAACAUCGUAGCAUUAUUACAAUCAAACUCCAAACAAAUACGCACGUUGCAAGACCUACUGAAUUCUAAACUAGAACUUGGCGUUGAAGACAUAGUAUACAACAGAUAUUACUUUUCUACCGCCACUGAACCAAUUAGAAAGGCUAUUUAUGAAACCAAAGUGGCGCCAAAAGGAUCGAAAGCUAACUUUAUGAGUAUCGAGGAAGGAGUAAAAAAAUUACAAAAGAGCCCAUUUGCUUUUAACAUGAAUAUCGGAACUGGAUACAAAAUCAUAGAACGAUAUUUUGAAGAACAUGAAAAAUGUGGAUUACAAGAAAUCAAUUACAUUGAAUCCAGCAUACCGUGGAUGUCUUGCCGAAAAAAUUCUCCAUUUAGGGAGAUCUACAAACUAGGUUUAUUUAAACUCCAAGAACAUGGUAUUACUGAUCGCGAGAAUCGUUUAUUGUUUGCCAGAAAACCAGUUUGCAUCGUCCGAGGCGGUAACGUAGGGUCAGUCAACAUGGUUGAUGUUUAUCCCGUGAUUUUGAUGUUUUUAUAUGGACUGUUCCUGGCCUUCUUAAUACUGCUCGUCGAAAUUGUGGUUCACCGAAAACUCAGUAAAGUAAUCGUCGUUUAAGUAGUGUAUUUUAUUGUAUUAAAAUACUAAUUUUUGGCUGCAAAUACUAUAACAAAUAAAAAAACAUUAUAAUUUAUUUUUUAGUGUAUUAAAAUAAAAAAAUCGUGUAUUUUUCAUUUAUUUUAAUAAGUAAAUUUAACCAAAGUUUAUCAAGAGACAGCCUUAGACCGAGCAGUGAAAAUUCUCAAUAAUAGGUCGUUAAUAGAUUCUCAAUAAUGCAAUACUCAAUAAUCUCACUUUUCGACUAAUUAUUGUGCCUAGUACUAGAGGGCAUGGCUAAUCAAAGUAUUCAAAUCCGUCUGUUAGCAGGCAGAGAGUUUAAAAUCUGCGUUAAAGCCAAAGGUGUACAUUUCGAAUAAAUUUAAUUAUUGGUUGCACUUCGAGAAUACAUUACGGUGUAUUCUUAUUUAAAAAUAUAUGAUAAUGCUUGAGUUGUAACAGAACUUAUGAGAUUAUAUUAGACAUAGAUCGAAAAAUAUACUAGGUAAUGUUAGUAUUAUACUAGGUAGGUAAGGUAGGCAUACCAACAUGGCGGUGAAUGUUUUAUGAACUCUUAAAGAUUAAUACUACUUUCCUACCUAUAACUGCAACAUAGCAAUCACGAUUAACCAGAAAGAUAGAAUAGCCGCUAGAAUAAUAAUAUAAUUAAACUUCAACCUCAUGGGUGAAGGCGACGGCUCACGUUGUGGCUGCAACGAGCUUUAUAUAUAUUUUACAAACAGGUCAACCAUGUGCUGUUUAUUUAGAUUUAGAUGUGGAAUGUAGCACGUAGCACUAAAUUUUUUUGCACAUUAAAAAAAUAACCACCUGUACUACUUUCGUAACAAUAAAGUAUGGAAACCUAAAAUCAA